UUGAUCCUUGCGCUCCACUUCAUAUAUACAUUCAACAAUUUUACUCCUAAUAGAAAUCCACAACUUAAUUUCUUCCAAUAUAUAUUUGCUCCUUCCACUCAUUAUACACACACACAUACACAUACACUAAUCAUGGAAGACGAUAGCAACGCUCCCCGGUGGAAUAUGAGAGCGAAGCGUUCCAAGCGACCUCCGCCGCCGCUGCAGCACGAUGAUGAAAUUGCCGCCGCGGAAGCCCUAAUUCUGCUUGCUAACUCCGGCGGCGGCUUCUGUGCGACGGCGAUCGACUCCGCUUCAACAACCAUUCCUCCCAAGAAGCAUGAAGAAGUCUCUGACUCCGCCGUGAUCGCCAAGAAGCAAGAAGCGGCCUCUCCCGAUACGCCUCUACCGCCGCCAUCCUACCAUUGUUGGUUGUGCAGUAGGGUUUUCCAAUCGUCCCAAGCACUCGGCGGACACAUGACCAGCCACCGCCUCAAGAUUUCGGACGAUAAAGACCGCUGCAACUCCGCCGCCGCGAGCGCAAGGAUUCACGAAUGUUCCUGCUGCCAUCAGACGUUCGCGACCGGUCAGGCUUUGGGCGGUCACAAGCGGAAGCACUACGAUGGACCCACGCUCGCCAGAAAACUCCCCUCAACUUCCGUCAACCGCCUUGCCGGGGAUAGUGGCGGAGAGAGCUCCGACGCCGCCGGCGCCACCAGCCACGCCAGACCAAUCAUCGACUUGAACCUGCCGCCGUCUCCAGAUCAUAUAUAGAAUUAUUGGUUGAACCCUAAUUUUGCUAUAUAUAUUUGAAGUUUCAUAAUUAAAUUAAAUUGGCUCAUUCUUUUUUAGUUGUGUAAUAGGUGUAAUAAUAUUAACACCGAUACUGUUGUUUCUCGGUUUUGUAUAUAUAUCCUAUUCGAAAAAAGUACAU